AUGGGGAACUAUGUUUCCUGCACUCUUUCAACCCCUGGAAGUAAGAAUUUGAGAGCCAUCAAGGUGAUCUUUCCCGGCGGUCAAAUCAAGGAACUUCGAUCUCCGAUCAGAGCCGCCGAGCUGAUGCUAGAGAAGCCGAACUAUUUUGCAGUGAACGCGCGUUCUCUUCAGAUCGGACGGCGGUUUUCUGCGCUCACCGCUGAUGAAGAGCUCGAGUUUUCCAACGUGUACGUGAUGUUCCCUAUGAAGAGGCUUAACUCUAUGGUGACCGCCGCCGAUAUGGGCGCGUUGUUGCUCACGACGAACGCCGCCAUGAAGAAGGUUAGUGGUGGAAGAGUGAGAGUCUUGCCGGAGAGUUAUAAUAAUAACAACGUGGAAGAGAAAGAAAGUGAUGAUAUGGCGGCGAUGGAGUCGCUGUCGCCGGUGAAGUUAGAGUUGGAUGAAAUUGAAGAAUUCUCAAGGCCGGAGUUCAUCCACAGGUUAUCUAUGUGCAGAUCGAAGAAGCCAUUGUUGGAGACUAUAGCAGAAGAGCCUCUCUGUUCAAGAUCAUGA